CCCAGCUGGAACGAUCGUAUGUAUCCUCCAAAGACGACCGUGGCUUCCCGGAUCCCGGAUACAAGAAUGUAGUAUGAGGGAGACCUUGAGGGAGACAAAACUAGCUACACCGAUCAGAUGUUUGUAUUUAGAGAGGGGCGAAGAAGCAGAAAAAAACUAUUAAAAAGUCGCUGUUACCUGGUGUUGUUCCCUUUUGUCCCCAACCGACAGGUCCCAUGACGUUAGACGUAUCAAAAGAAAGGACUAAACCCACAUUUAAAGCAGCGCCUGAGCGCUAUAACAACCAGAUAAUCUAUAUAUUCGUUGUGUUUUAGCUGUGCAUGUCCCAGUAUCACUAGGAUAUUUAACAAAAAAAAAUCGGACAAUUACGAUACCGUAACUCCCGUAUGCCUCGGGACAAAGGCUAAACGGAACGGUCCUUUACCAAACCACUAGAACUAGGUUACGUUUGUGCGCAUUGUUUGCCAACUAGUUGCUGUUGCCUCGAAUGCCUUUCGUGUUAUCCCUUCGUUCGCGGCCCGAUAGUCCAGUUCCGAUUCCUAUUGAUAAGUGUUCUUAGUUCCUUGGAAUAUCCUGCAACGGUGCAAGAGAUAGUUAAGACAAAAACUAGCAUAAAACCGGAAGGCGAAAGGUGAGGUUAUAGUAUCCUACGAUGCUGAGCUAAUGCAAGAUUGUGCCACUGCAUCAUUUGGCGCUGGAGCAGCUGAGCAAAACUGAGGUAGAGACGAUGCAACGCAGAGAAAAAGAAAACCAAACACAAAUACACUUUCUCAAUGGCUGUUGAAUAUAAUUAUUGUAAUAUUUAUUAUGAUUAUGUACAUACAUACACGUAAAUAUACAUAUACAUAUACAAGAUAUACAUAAAUAUAUAGAGAUAUAUACAUAUACGAUAUAUAUAUAUUUAUCAUAGUUGAAGGGAAAGGAAAUGGAAAAAGGACGUGUAUGUCUAUAUGGUCGAAACAUUUGCCAGUUUAUUCGUGUGUACUCCAAAAACCGCACAGUCCGUGAAUUAAAAACCAAACCAAACAAACAAUACAUAUUGCAGGAUGCCAAAGUAGAGUGGAGCAACCUAUGAGCGCAGAAUGCGAGCCAAAUACUGACGAUAAACGCUGAAUAGGUGAAGUGGGAGUACUUUGGAGAACUUAAGGAAUUCAGGAACGAGUACGAAAGCUAUCUUUCCCGCAAGCUCUACCGCCAACAACUCAAGCACUUUUGAUCGCCAAUUCUCGAAGGUUUCGAACGUUAUAAAGUAUAAAGCUUACAAAUUUUUAAAUAGCUGCUCCCAUUCCUCGCCAUUAAUGGUGCUUAGUAGCAGCAGUUAGAGCCAUUGAGCUAUACAAACCCAACCAACCGGUGAACUCCAGCAAAAACUCUUCUCCAGUUAUACGUCGCAGGCUAGUAUUUGUGUUUGCAUAGCAGUGACCAACGGAUACUCCUAUAGAUAGGUAUGGAAUUCAAACGAUACAACACGUGGAA